AUGAAUCUUCCAACAAAUGAAUAUGUACCUAAGCCUGAAGAUACAGCUGAAUUAAGAGAAGAGUUUUCACGAUCCAUAUUAAAUGAUUAUUCUCAAAUUCUUACAUAUUCUGCUGCUUAUUCGAUUACCCCUCAUCGAGUUCGACUUUGCAAAAUGAUGGAAAUUGCUCAUUUGGAGCCAGACUACAAAAACUCAUUGCACCAAUCCGCAAACUAA